GCAAAAUUGAUGACGUAGUGCACAGACACAUGUGCGGCUUUCCGCCAUUGGGGCAAUAUUUCACCAUAUUUUACUAGAAUUUCAAUAAAAGAUAAGCUGUUGUCAUGUCUCGCUUCUUUAAAGGGUCAGACUCGGAGUCUGAUAGCUCAGAUGAUUCCGAGGAGGUACAAAUACAGCGUCCAGCUGUUACAACCAAGGUUUUCCAGUUCAGUGAUGAUGAAGAGGAGACCAGGCGAGUUGUACGUAGCGAAAAAGAUAAAAGGUAUGAUGAAUUACUGAAUAUCAUCAAGAGUUUGAAGAACAAGAAAAAGAUCAAGGACAUGAGCAAUGUUCUAUCAGAUUUUGAAUCUCUGUGUAAGGCGUUUGACAAGGCAAAGAAAGUGGUGGAGAAAGAAGGAAUACCAAGAUUUUACAUCAGGACAUUGUCUGAGCUCGAGGACUUUGUCAGCGAGUGUUGGGAAGACCGAGAGGGCAGGAAGAAAAUGAAUAAAAUCAACGCUAAAAGUCUGACAACCUUGAGACAAAAGCUGAAGAAGUAUAGCCGCGACUUUGAGAAAGAGCUGGAAGAGUAUAAAGAAAAUCCCGAUGCUUCAGAAGAUGAGCUGGAUGCUGGUGAAGGUGAAGAAAGUGAAGAGUCUGAGGAAGACGAGCCAGUUACCACGUUCCUGAAAGUGAAACCAGAUAAACCUGCUCACCAGAUCACUGACAUCUCCAUUGUAAGAAUAGGAGAAUCUGCUACUUAA